UAUUAUAUAUCUCUUUAAUGUUACAUUGUUGUGUAGUAUAUAACAUUUAUAAAAUCUACACUCUCUCACAGUUUAUAAACAAUGUAUUUAAAAUUAAUUGUGUAGAUGAAAUUCCAGAUCCUGACAACGACAAUGAGGAAACUGUUCUUUUAACACAAACAGAUGGAGCAAAUCUCGUAUCAGAACCGUCUAAACCGAAAGAUAAUAAAUGCACUCCCUGGCUAGUGUUCGCCUUGAGAUUUUUCUUAUUUUCGCCGAUAAAAUGGAAGAGAAAUGGUUGCUGGAUCAGUGUCAUCCACCUAGUUUGGUUUGCUGUGUUCAUCGCAAAGACUUGCUACCUGACAAUACUGACAUUUCAAAUAGGAUAUUGUCGUGAAACUGUGUUCAGUAGCAUAGAAGAUGGAUACAUAGCGUUACAUCACAACUUAUUAAAACAUUGGGAUGCAAGCUUUGAGACGUUGCCAUAUCCUCCAUCUAGUGGAAAGUUCGCUGUUUAUAAUCAGGAAGAUCUACGAAAAAGGAUCAAUUAUGCCGUCGAAAAUGUCUUUAAUCUUGAAGUAACAGCAACUGGAUAUUUCAAGAAACUUGAGAGUGAUUUUGUAAAGAUACAUCUCGUUUACUUUGAUAUAGAACACAAUCAUGCAUUCCAUCCUUCUAGAAGAAUUGUCACAAACGUCCAGAAAAGCUUUGAGCCACACUAUGGAUUGUCAAAAUACGUGGAUAUCUAUGGCAACACAUUAUAUAGCUACAAUAUAACAGAGGAGCUAGACAUGCUCAAUAUUUCAUCUUCUCUUGACAGAAUGUUGUGUUUGAACAUAAUGUUUUCAUUGCACACGCUAAGAGUAAGCAAGUCGUACAACGAUUCCAGAUGUCAGCAUAUAUACGGAAAUGUAACAUUUGAUGACGAUGACCACAAUGGGCAGGUCACCGUUGAUCUCAGCACUUAUACUUUGCCGAUAUCAUGUUCUAAAAUGAAUUUUUCGCUAAAAGAUUCUCCACAAUGUAGAGGAUACACUGGGCAUAUGACCAGGCGUGUGAAAUUCUUGUCAUGGACCACUUCGAUUGGCGAUGGUGUAAUAUAUAUUGGUGGAAUCAUAACAUUGAUUGUCUCAGAAUAUCCAGAUGAUAUGACAUUUUUGUUUGUUCAAUAA